AACACUGGAUGCUGUGUAGAUUGUCACAUUGGGUGGUCAGCUUCUCCCCCCUUUAAACGGAAUGCACACUGUGGCUUUUGAAGCUGGCGCCUUGUGUUCAAUACACAGUACUGGCCGGCUUUACGUCAUUCAACUUUCCAACCCCAGAGAUUCCGGAGGGAAGGGGAAACACUGGUAAACCUAGCAACAACCAAAAGAAUAAGAGGUGCGCUACGAAUCAGCCAAAAGAACAAGCCUGAGACAAAUUGCUGAUGUUUAACUAAAUGAUGGACACCCAACUAUUCGAAAGGAAAGGCAUUGUUGUGGAAUGAGAAUCUCCCAUCUUCAACUUGAACAGUGAGUGACUUAAAAAAGUCAAAGAUUGCUUCUAAUAAAUUCAGUCACCAAUCUAAAUGUCUAUGAUGGGGAGAUGGGCAAUAAAGAGAGUCUAGAAAAAUAAAAAUUGCUGGAAUACUGCUACUGUUUCAGCUGAAUACUUUUCAUCAUGAAUCGGGCUUUCAGUAGGAAAAAAGAUAAGACUUGGAUGCAUUCACCUGAAGCUCUCUCAAAACAUUUUAUACCAUACACCGUAAAGUUUCUUGGCAAUUCUGAAGUUGAACAACCAAAGGGUACAGAAAUUGUGAAGGAUGCUGUUCGGAAACUCAAGUUUGCAAGGCAUAUAAAGAAGUCUGAGGGUCAGAAGACUCCCAAGGUUGAAUUACAAAUCUCCAUCUAUGGUGUAAAAAUCUUAGACUCCAAAACAAAAGAAAUUCUGCAUAAUUGCCAAUUGCACCGAAUAUCUUUUUGUGCUGAUGACAAAACUGACAAGAAGAUAUUUACUUUUAUUUGCAAGGAUGCUGAGUCGAAUAAACACAUGUGUUAUGUGUUCGAUAGUGAAAAGUGUGCUGAAGAAAUAACAUUAACUAUUGGCCAAGCUUUUGACUUAGCCUACAAGAAGUUUCUGGAAACAGGAGGAAAAGACGUUGAAACAAGAAAACAGAUUGCAAGUUUACAGAAACGAAUUCAGGAAUUGGAAACUGAGAAUAUUGAACUGAAAAAGAAAGUUCAAGAGAUGGAAAUUAAUUUCAGGGUCACUCAAGGUCCAUCAUCACCAAGAGGAAUGACGCCUUGCUCUCCAAGCACAGAUCUAUUUGACAUGGUUCCAUUUUCACCAGCAUCGCCUCUUUUGCCAACACCAUCCAGCAAUGGCACAGAACUUCCUCCUUUACCUGUUAGAUCUUCUGAGACCAGAAGAGAUAUUUUUGGAGCUGAACCGUUUGACCCUUUCAUCUCAGGUGGGGGAGAUUUUCCACCAGAUAUCCAGUCCAAACUGGAUGAAAUGCAGGAGGGGUUCAAAAUGGGACUAACUCUCGAAGGCACUGUGUUUUCUCUUGAUCCUCUGGAUAGCAGAUGCUGACAUUAAGGAACUUGAAUAUUUUCACAUUUGAAUCAUUCAACAUAUAGUGCCAAUGAAGUGCCAAAAAGAAGUUUUGUUUUUGUUUUCCACAUUGUUUGAUAAUACCUCCCUUGUGUGAAUUUUUAACUUGGUUCUGCUUGCAUUCUCUUCUUGCAUUUUCUUUAAGUCAGGUGAGAAAAUAGCAUGGAAAAGUUCGUCACAAUUUAUGUUAACAUAAAAUUUGCAUUCUCCCUGACACUUUAUGAAGCUAUCUGUUUGUUCCUUCACUUCUAAUACUUAUCCAAGGAAUAGAGCUCUUUUUAAAAUUAGAAUUAGCAUUGCAUUAUAAUUGUCCUAAUUUUGAAAAGUAUUUUUAUUCAAAAAGUAAGUUCUAUAUAUUUUUCAUCCAUCUAUAUAUUUGUGUGAAAAGUUCGUGAUACAGAGUGUAGCUGGAGACAAUGAAUAUAAUGGCUUGGAUUUUCACUGGCUCUGCCUGACUUGGGGGUGCUUCAGAAAUGGUGAGUGAAGUCCAAUUCUGGCAUUCCCUUUCCCAUUAUCAUUUCCAAAAGCUUUUCCCAGUGGCGCAGGCCUGCUCUUACCAGUUCUAUUGCAGGGUAGAUAGUUCGACCCCCACACGACUACCCCCACAAUACAUCCAGCUUAUUUCCAGCAGAUGUCUUUCCCAUGUCCUUGGAAGUGUAUGUUUAAAGCUUAACUUAUGAAAGGAUAAUGGGAUACCAGAAGUUAGGUCCCACUGGAUAGUUUUAACUACUCAUCUGGCCUCCUACAGGCUAACAAAAUUACAGUUUCAUUUUACAGUAGCUUACAGAAAGAUUAGUCAAGAUGAGGAAAGGCCAUUAGUACCAUCCAACUCAUUCUUCCAUAGGUAUCUCUGGUGUCACUAUCACAGAAUUUUUGCGCCCCUUGGCUUAUCUAGAAGAUCAUUUCAGAUACCAAUUUCUGUGCAUGAAAAUGUGUAUUCUAAUAGCAGUCCUUUUGUUAUUUGGAACGUAUGCCUCCCUGUGGUUUACUUUCAAACUGCUUUUCUACUCCAUGUAAUAUUACUUAUGCCUAUAUAGGACCAUUUCUUACUCAAUUCAGUUGAAAAUGAGCAAAAACGAUGUCUUACUUAUAACUCUUCCCUCAAAUAUAAGUGAUCAGCUGUUUGGUGUUAUCUCCACUGUUUCCUGGACUUGGAUUUUCCUUUGUGCCUCAACUAAGAGUGAAUGUAGUACUAAAAGUGUGGACUGAAUAGAGGAUUGAACACUUUUGGCAUCAUACCUUCAGAUUUAUCCUCCGCUGAUCUGGCAGUAUAGCCUAAUCUUCCAUUUGACACUCUACAAUAAGGAGAUUAUGGUAACUAUUAAGCGUAACAGGAUUUACAACUCUCUUGCAACCUUUCCUCUUAAAAUGUUCAAUGUAAUUGAACAGUUUGUCCCCUUCCUGUUCAUUUGAUGUGUAACACCUUUGAAUUUCCUGUGUUGAAUUUCUUGCCAUUGUUAUCAGUUCACAAUUGUCGAAGUUCUUCCAUAACGUAGCUUAACUAUAUCAUUAGGUUACACUGAUGCCCUCUCUAUAUUUAGUUGUAUCUACAAGUUUGGUUAACCUGCAUUAAGUUUAUGAAUCCAGGUUAAUUAGAUAAAUCUUAAAUAAGUCCCAGUAGCAAUCCCAGAGGACUGUCGCUCAGUACAAGUCAACCAGUUAUCCACCUCCUUGUUUUAUGUGAGACAUUUAUUUUUCAAACAUAAAAGCAAAUUACAUAUUACUUUAAGAAAUCAUUUAUCAUUUAUUGGUUUUUCAAAUUAAAAGCUAGUGCAGAUUAUUUAAAUAUUAGCAAUCAUUUUAAUUUUAUCUCCAACUCUAUUUGGAGAAGUUUAUUAUUCUACCAGGUUAUUUAGAUAUGUUUGAAGUGCAUCAUCUGAAGUGUAAUACUAAUCUAUUACUUGAACACUGCAAGAUGAUGUGUUAAAUCAAGACAAGACAAAUGAAGGGUAAAUCAUUUAAACCUGGCAUUACUUUUUCAAAAUCAACAUAUUUCGAUAAAUUAUUAUAAACAAAUAUCUGCAUGCUUUACCGGUAUUUCAUAUAACUGUCUUUCUUGUUUGUAAUAUGCAGAAUCUAACAAGUCUUCCUACUUCUAUCUGCACCUAUAUCAAAUGACAUUUUUUUUGCUUUAAGAUUGGUCACAGUGUGAUACUUUUUAGUGCUUGAAAUAUACUUAUCAGUAAUCUGAGUAUAUUGUGAGGGUGAUAUAGUGUACCACUGUUUAUGUUAUCAGUGAUACUUUUUUUCAAAAAUCAAACUGCAUCUCAAGUAACUGGUCACAGAUUUUAACAAAAUAGAGAUAAUUUUACAUGCACAUAAUUGUCUUCCUUUCAAACCAUUUCCUGUUCUACUUUUUAAAUUGUGAUUGUCAGCAUAGAAAGAGUGUUGGCAAUAUUUGUUUAACUUCACAUAUCUGUUGGAAUGACUGCUAAUGAAUUAACAAAACUUUGAUUUUUGUCAAAUCGCUAGGGAAUAUGUAUAAUUUAGAUUCACAACUAUAAGUGUUGUACCAGUAUCUGGUACUAUUAAGUAAACAUAACGAAUGUGCUGAACCAAAAAAGUUACGAUUGCUUCAUAGAUGCAUACUAUUAUUGAUUUGUUUGGAAAUUGGAGGUAGACCAUGUCUGUAACACCGGUAUAUCUUUGUAAUGUCUAUUAGUUGUAAAAGUCUCCUUCAAUUACUGAUAAUAAAUUUUUUUUUUA